AGUGUCUGCACGGUCUUUCUCUCUCUCUCUCUCUCUCUCUCUGCUUAGUUGAAAAGAAGUGUGGAGGGUAGGUUAACUUGUAAAUGAAGUGGUCGAAUACGUGACCGAAAUCUCAACAAGACCACCCAAUCUGCAAAUAUGUAACGGCCGGACUAAACCUUGGAUAAUAUUUCCGAAUGGAAAACAUGAAAUUCUCUACAAGAAGCACAAAGAAGCUGUGUUUUUACGCGGCGUUGUUGGUGUCGCUUACGAGCGACCUGGCAAUGGGAGCCUCGUUCUAUGGUGAUGGCUAUGUGCAGCUGAAGACAGUGGAGUCGUCGAACCGUAACUCCCUGCGUGUUCGUUUCCGUACCUCCAGCCCCCGCGGCCUGCUCUUCCUCGCUGCCGGCCACACAGACUACCUUCUAGUGGAGCUGAACGCUGGUCGCCUGCAGGUGAAGCUGGACCUGGGCUCUGGUGAGCGGUUGCUGAGAUCAGAGAGCAGCACCCAACUAAACGACCUGGCCUGGCACACUGCUGAGCUCCUCCACGACCGCCAUAAUGUCACCCUAACUAUGGACCAGUACUCCCACACCAGCCUCAGGAUGCCUGGGCACUGGUCUCAGAAGCAGGAUCUUACCAUCCAGGAUGGGCUGUACGUCGGCGGGUCUGGAGGCCUGGACAAGCUCUACCUACCCAAUGACCUAACAGGAUUCAGGGGGUGUGUGGAUCAGGCUGUUUUCAACGAGAACAACAUGUUAUCGUCCCUGAGACCGUACGCUGGAUUCAAGAGUGUCUAUGAGGUUUCUUUGGGCUGUAGUCCCCAGUUCUUUGCCGGCGAGGAGGAUCCUGUUAGUUUCUUUAGUUCAAGAGCGUAUGUCUCCCUGCCACCCUGGAACGUCUCCCACAACCAGCAAGAGGCGCUGUUUGAGUGUGUGGUUCACACAUCGGCUAAAGAGGGGAUUGUCUUGUACAACUCGGCCAGACAAGGGGACUUUGUGGCAGUUGAAAUCCAAGAGGGGCUGCUGGUGGCCAUCGUGGGUAAAGGAGGCACCAAGACAGAACUUAAAUCCCUCACCUUUGUCAAUGACAGGAACUGGCAUUCAGUGAAGAUGUUCUUUACCCCCAAGACCCUACAGCUGACAGUGGACAAGGAGACGGUGAAGACUAGCAUCAGCUCUCGCUCCAAGGGACUUCAGUUAAGAGGGUCGCUGUUUGUGGGGGGCAUUGAUGACAGCACACGUUCAGAAGUCAGGAAGAUGGGUCUGGUGUCUGUGUUGGGAAACAGAGUCCGAGGAGGUUCUUUUAAGGGCUGCCUGAAGGACAUGAAAGUCAAUGGGGUCAUGAUGGGUCUGCCUAAUGCUGUAGUCACUAAAGAUAUAUCAGUGGGCUGCGAGCCGGAGAAAGAACCAGAGCCCUCGACCACGAUGGGUCCAACUACUAUCCCGACUGUCCCCAACUCCCGGUUCGAUCCCACUUCGGUCACCCCUACCCCAGAAUUCCCUAUGUUCACUCUGGCCAGGGGGCUGGACAAGAAGUACGGGGCCAAUUUCGUGCUGCUCAGGAACCUUGUAGUCUCAGAGGGUGGGCGUGGGUCUCUAGAGUCCAAGCACAUCAAGGUGCUCCUGGACUUCAAGAAGCUUGGGGUACGCCAGUCUCAGAUCAUGUUCCGGAUCCAGGAGCAGCCGGUGCACGGUCAGAUACGAUUGGAUGUGGACCAGGACCAAGAGGAGAACAUCUUUAGCAUGCUGGACCUGUGGCACGGCAGGGUGAUGUACAUCCACGGAGGAUCAGAGGACCCAGAAGACUUUUUCACUUUCUCUAUAUUCUCUUCCUCCAGGAAGGAGGUUCCCACAUACCUGCAGGGGACGAGAAGGUACCGCUACAACAUCACAGUGACCCCCACCAAUGACGCCCCAGAGCUCAGCCUGCCCCAAGGGAACCUUUUCGUCCUGUUGGAGAAUUCUAGAAAACUCCUAACCAAAGAGGUGUUGAAAGCCACAGACAUUGACAGCAACCACACCGACCUGGUCUUCUCCAUCCUGGGGAACCUGAACCCUGACGCUGGUUAUCUGGAGGUGGGAGAUAACCCCGACACUGCAGUGACCACGUUCUCCCAUUCUGAUCUGGAGGAAGGGAAGGUGAACUAUGUCCACACUGGGGUGAGGAACUCCAGGAUCGUGCUGAGGGUCAGUGAUGGAGACAAGGUGAGCAACACGGUGGUUCUGAGGAUCAUGGCCAUAGGUUUGGAGUAUAAGAUCGCCAACAACACUGGGCUUGAGAUCAUUCAAGGUGAGGUAGCUGUGAUCAGUAACAAGCAACUGGCCAUUCAGACCAAUGCCGUGAAUCAAGUGGUGGACAUCCGAUAUGAUGUCGUCAAGCCACCUCAGUAUGGUGAGCUGCAGAGGCUUGACUCCAGCGGAGAAUGGAAGCCCACCGGUUCUUUCUCUCAAAGGCUGCUGGAGAAAGAACGCCUUCGGUACCUCAGCACUUUCCAAGAAAUCCAGACUGCCACUGCUACGGAUUACUUCAAAUGCAAGGUCACAGUAGCAGGAAGAGUUGACACUGAACUGGUCUUUCCAGUCACAGUGAAGUGGGUACAUUAUAACCUAGUCAGGAACGUAAUGGCCGAUAUUAAUAAAGUUCGGAAAGUGACGUUGGACUCACAGUAUCUUUAUGCCACAGUGGACAUUGUGACACUAUCCGAGGAUGAUCUUCACUUCAGAGUUCUCUCCUCGCCGAAGAAAGGACAACUUCUCCUUGUUCACGAGUUAUUGAAGAAAAAUUCAACUUUCAGCCAAAGAAAUGUCACUGAUCUAAAGGUUCUAUACGAACUGGUCGACAGACCAUACGAAGACACAAGUGACACGUUUAAAUUCCAAGUGUUCUCCAAGCAUGCUCAAUCACAAAGUUACGAUUUCCAGAUCUCAAUAAAAGCUGACGUCAACAGCGUAUUUAUAAGAAAUUACAAACUAUCUAUAAUGGAGGGAGAGAGUAAACUCAUCACAAAAGACGAGUUGUUUGCAGAGACUCUUAGCACCAAGGAGUUGUACUACACCGUUACAAGUAGCCCUAAACAUGGGAAGCUAGCACGCAUCAACCUGUCCAACUCUAACGCCAGUUACAACAACAUCCUAACGUUCAGCAACCAGGAUCUCUUGGAGGAGCGCGUCAUGUACAUUCACGACGACACAGAGACCACUCAGGAUCAGUUCACAUUCAUAGCCUCCACUAGUCAGGAGUCCAAAUCCUCCGUCACGGACGAGGAAGUCGGAUCCAAAGAAGGGACGUUUAACAUCUCCAUCCAGCUAGUUAACGACGAAAAGCCGGUGCGCGUUGUCGAUAAAGUUUUCCACGUGGUGAGGGAUGGGCAGCGGUUGCUCACCCUGGACGAUCUCUGUUACCAUGACGCAGACUCGGACUUCAGCGACGGGCAGUUGGUCUACACGCGCCGGGGAAUCCCAAUGGGAGACCUGGUUCUGGUGAACGACACCUCUCACAGGCUGUUCCAGUUCACCCAGAAGGAGCUGGAAGAGAAGAGAGUGUUGUUCCUCCAUCGAGGCGUGAACUCCGGACGCUUCGUGCUCUUCGUGUCCGACGGGAAACACUUAGUCUCCACUCUGCUGGACGUCAGCGCCCACGACCCUUUCCUGAGCCUCGGCAACAACACAGGUCUGUUGGUCCAGAAGGGAAAGGAAGUCACCUUAACCACCGGUAACUUCAGCGUCCUCACGAACCUCAAUGUCCGCGAUGACAGCGAAGUCACCUACAAGGUGUCCGAGCCUCCUAAGAACGGCUGGCUGUAUCGCCACGGAAACAUCUCAGUGGAGUUUACACAGCACGACCUGAAGAAGGGCCUCGUCUCGUAUCGUCAUGAUGACAGCAAGAACCUGGCGGAUUGGUUCAGUGUCACGGUUAAGGCUAAAGGUCACGCCCUGAAUGCCAGAAUCAACGUUAAGGCUUACCUGGAGAGCCAUCAGAGGCCCCCUAUUCUCCAGCACAACAACACCUUACUGGUGGAGGAGAGCAAACCUGUGAAGAUUGACGGGAGUAGACUGGAGGUGACCCACGAGGACAACCUGCCAUCUGAGAUUGUAUUUACAGUGAAGGUGGCUCCACUACACGGGUUCCUGCGGCGCUUCGUGGAGGCUGAGGAGCAGUAUGUUGGAACUGAACAGAUCCCCGUCCAGACCUUCUCCCAGGAAGACGUCAACGCUGGCAACAUCCAGUACAUGCAGACAACCCCCAGCCAGGUCAACGACACAUUCCUAUUGGACGUCUCUAACGGUGUCACAGAGGUCAACGGUAUCAGGAUAUCCGUGGACAUAAUCCCCCGCCUCAUCCCUCUCCAGGUGUCCAAUUUCACCCUGAGAGAGGGCGGGGCCAAGGCCUUGACACAGGAAGUGCUCAGGGUCACCAACCGACACUUCUCUGGCCUCAACUUCCUAUACAGUUUGACUGAGCCGCCGCAGAACGGAUAUGUUGAACAUUCACGUUACCCCGGUGUUCCUGUGCUGACUUUCACCAGACGCCAGGUGGAGCAGGAGUUAAUCUACUACAUACAUGACAGCAGUGAGACGUUAGAAGACAACUUCACUGUGGUGGCCAACGACACAGGCCUGAGGAAACAGAGCUCUCCCUGUAUCGUGUACAUCCAGGUCACAGCCGUCAACGACCAGCAUCCAGUCAUCACUGCCAACAGGGUUCUCAGGGUGUGGGUGGGGUCGGUCACAGAGAUCCGCUCUGAGGACCUGGAUGCCCAGGAUGAGGACACACCCCCUGAGGAGCUGCGGGUGAUAGUGACUCCGCCCUCUAAUGGCCACCUGGCGCUGAAGAGCGCCCUCACCAGGCCGAUCCUGAACUACACCCUGCAACACAUCUAUCUGGGACAGCUGCUGUUCGUCCACAGUGGUGCCAUGUCUGGAGGGUUCAACUUCCAAGUGAACGACGGAGUGAACUUUGCCCCCCGACAGAUCUUCAGCAUCACAGCCAGCGCCCUGGUCCUCAGCCUGGAGAUUAACAGACCUCUCAAAGUGUUCCCAGGCUCUACUACACCAAUCACCAAGGAGGACCUGCAGGCGUUGACCAAUGACAAGAGCGACACAUCCAACCGCACCAUUACCUUCAACGUGAUUCGUCGACCAAAACUAGGCAGACUGGUGACAGUGCUGGCCGAUAAUUUCACUGUUGACGUCUCUUCCUUCACACAGACCAUGGUGGACCAGCGGGAGAUUCUGUACAUCCAGAGUCUUGUGGCGUCGGUUGGCUGGUCCGCUAUGGACUCAAUGACCUUCUCAGUGUCCUCACCUCCAGCUUCCCUAGAGAACGAGACCUUCAGGAUGGACAUCUCCUACGAGAAUGCUGGACCCGACCGCAAGACUCUGCUCCUCGCUAACACAGGUGCUGUGGUGACCGAGGGUGACCACAUCGUCAUUGACAAGUCCAAGCUGGAUGCGUCAAACCUUAUGUCCAAGCUUCCCACACCCCAGCGCAGCUCUCACGAGAUCUGGUUCCAGGUAAAGUCUCUACCCCAGCACGGGGUCGUUGUGGUGGGAGAGAGGAACCUCACCGUGGAGAAACCCAACUUCUCCCAGUACAUCCUCAACAAGUAUGGCAUCACAUACCGGCACGACGACUCCGAGACACUCCACGACCACUUUGUCUUCGACACCUGGCUGAACCCCAAGGGUAAGCCGGCCCAGCGCCCUCUGGAAGACAGCCAGGUUCUGGAGGAGUGGUUCAACAUCACGGUGAUCCCAGUCAACGACCAACCGCCCGUUCUGAAGACCAAAGCCCCCAGCCUGAGCGUGGUGCAGGGGGACACAGUGGCCCUGGGGCCAGAGAACCUCAAUGUGGAAGACUUGGAUAACCCUUCAGAGGACAUCCAGUACACCGUCGUCAGCAAGCCCAACAACGGCUAUCUGGCCCUGGGAGGAAGCCUUAACGAGUCUGUGGUGUCCUUCACUCAGGCUCAGAUCAACAGUGGGAUGGUGUACUUUGUUCAUGAUGGAAGCCGAGCUUCUGGGGUGUUUUAUUUUAGUGUUUCCGAUGGCCAUCACAAACCGGUCUAUAAGCUCUUCAACCUCGAGGUGACGGAGAUCACCAUCUCCCUUGUCAACAACACUGGGCUGGCUCUGGAGCAGGGACAGACGUCUGUGGUUUUAACCCAGGAGAGUCUGGUGGCAGAGACCAAUGGAAAAAACACAACGGUUCACUACCGGAUCACCGCUGCGCCACGGUACGGCAAGAUCCUCCGGCUGGAUGACCAGGAGGUCAACCAGUUUGAGCAGGAGGACUUAAGGAUGGGUAGCUUGUUUUAUCACAUGACGACCCUCACGUCUGGUCAGGACAGCUUUGAGUUCACCGCGUUUACAUCGGAAGCUAACCUAACAAACCAGGUUGUCAACAUCACAGUUAAGCCCCUGGUCAGGUUUGGCAAAGGGGUGAGAAUACCCAAUGGCAUCGUGGUCAAACUCAACACUGGUUUCCUCAACGCAACUGAGCUGGCUUCUCUAUCCGUCAGAGACCCUUUCUUCGAGGUCGUCUCUCAUCCAAAGUAUGGAAAACUGGUCAGAGGAAAACCCAAAGCUGGUAAGAAAACCGAGCCACUGGGGUCUUUCUCCUUUCAGGAUGUGAAGCAGGAGAGGCUGUGCUUCGAGCUCAACGCUAACAUGACUGGAGUGCAGGAGCUGAACGACUCGUUGGUGUUCAUUCUGAAAGCGGAGAACGUCCCGCCUGCCAGGGGAGAGUUCCGGUUCACUAUCGUUCCGUAUGAUCCAUCGCUAGUUCUAACCACCAUGAGUCCCAUCCUGACCACCAGCAGUCCUUUCUCUCAGCCUCUUAACCAAACGACAGUGUUCGGUGUUGGGACGGCACUACCCUCCCUGUCCACCUCCCCCCUUUCCACACAGAGACCCAGCAAGACCCACCAGAAGUUCAAAGGUCGCAACCGCUGGGGGAACACCAACCGUAACGACUCGGCAGGUACAGAUACUACUCUGGGCAAGCCCACCCUGAGUAAAGGAGACGACAAUGAGAUUUCCUUUGUGAAUACACCGGUCCGAGUAGAGUCAUACCCACAGAAGUCUUCCAACCUAAUAUUGGUGAUCCUACCUCUCCUGGCCAUGCUCUUAUUGGUCAUCAUCCUGGUGGUGCUGGUUAUCCUGCUGCGACGCAACAGGAAGAGGAAACAGAAACCUGUCACCUCGAAGCCGCCACCCUCACCCUCGCCCUCUACCCCACCGGCCUAUAACGGCCAGUCGCAGAGGAGCGCGGCUGUUCCCACGGUAACGGUGACCCCACUGAGCCCCAGUAGCCCUGCCCUGGACAGGCUGCUUCCUUCAGCCAAUCAGGGCUUAGUUAGCAACUCCACAUCACUGCUACUUUGCUCGUGGAACGGUGUAGAUCCAGAGAGUUCAGCCCAGCUCAUUAGGACCACACCCCCCACUCUACAGCAGAACCAAUACUGGGUAUGACUCUGUAGCUGCUGCCAUCUAGGGGAGGGUGGGGAAGUGGACUGUCUACCCUGUACACUAACAUCCAUCCCCACCAACCCCACUCAUCGUUACACUGUAAACCAUGACACUACUGUACUAUUUGUUUUGUGAUAUAAUCAAAGCAUUUUCUACUGAAGCUAAGCACAAUCAGCACUGGGAAUUCCAACCACUAUCUCCACUUUGCAACAUAAUUAGUACUGGGAAUAACAACCACUAUCUCCACUUUGCAACAUAAUUAGUACUGGGAAUGACAACCACUAUUCCCACUUAACAACCUAAUAAGGAGCUUAGAACCGAAUGUGUCUUCUGUCUUUCUCACUCCCCCCCACCCCCCGCGUAGAAAUGUUGUUCCACCAUUUAUUAAAGAAGUAAUGCAAGUCUUGGCGAUAUAGGCUCUGACUUUCGGGGUUUUAGCUCAAAGCCCAAGCUAAGCGUCAAUAUAUAAGAUGACAUACAAGCAGUGAGCGUGGUUAAACGAUACCAAUCCCCCAGCAGGAGAACAGAAAAAGGAAGUGGAAACUCAAAACACAUGAACUAUAAAAGGCUGGCGAGGGAAGGACGGCUCAUAACUAGCAGUGAGUAUCACAGGCGGCUGGUGGCGCCUUAAUUAGGGAGGAUGGCUCAUAACAAUGGCUGGAAUGGAGUAAAUGGUAUCAACCACUCUGAAACUCUGUGUUUGAUUCCAUUCCGUUAACUUCGUUCCAGCCGUUAUGAGCCGUCCUCCCUGAUUAAGGCGCCACCAGCCGCCUGUGAUACUCACUGCUAGUAACCAUGUAUUCAUCCAAGAGAAAAUGAAAUGCACUAAAAUAACUUUGGAAUUGUAGGCUACUGCCCAUGACACCUUUAGACCUCUUCACUCACAACGGCCGGUGUGCAUUUCACCCCCUCUCUGCUCCAUGUCUCAAAGCCGUAGAGAAAAGAUCUCGCUUGUAAAGUAGUUGUUAUUUAGCUGAACAUUGAGAGUUGAAAAAUACAAAUUAUACCUACAGACAGCUGGGACCCUCCUCUCCUCAACAUGAACAAGGGGACGAAGCUUCCAAACUUGUUAUCCCGCAAUUGCAUUUAGAAAUGUCAUAUGAUCAGAACAUGUUUUUCUCUCGAGCGCAUGAGGGGAUAGGUAGCCUAGUGGUUAGAGAGUUGGUUCCCCGGUAGGCUGGCAUUGUAAAUAAAAAUGUGUUCUUAACUGACUUGCCUAGUUAAAUAAAAGUUAAAUAAAACGAUAGGAGAGUGGCUCGCUCAUCACAGUAGCAGGCCCCCAGCGAGGAUAGAGCGGCAGGGAAGACACUUUCAUUACAGGAGUCAUGAGGAUAACGCACUUUACUGUUUGACCAAAUCAUGGUUUUAGCCACACAAAAUAGGACGUUAUGAGUCAGGUGACAACGUAGAAUGUGCUCUUUCUACAUUCAUAGGCUCCCUUUUCAUUUUUAUGAUCCAUGAUAUCGGCUAACUGAUGAUGGAGUCGGCGUAGGUCUCUUUGACGAUGCCGCGUUGACUUUCAAUGUGAGUUUGAGUGUAACCCUAACCCUCAUCUCAGCCUGAGGAAACUGGGUCGUUGCCCACUGAUCACAGCCUGAGGAAACUGGGCCUCUGUCCACUGAUCACAGCCUGAGGAAACUGGGCCUCUGUCCACUGAUCACAGCCUGAGGAAACUGGGCCUCUGUCCACUGAUCUCAGCCUGAGGAAACCGGGCCGUUGCCCACUGAUCUCAGCCUGAGGAAACCGGGCCGUUGCCCACUGAUCUCAGCCUGAGGAAACUGGGCCUCUUUCCGCUGAUCACAGCCUGAGGAAGCCGGACCGCUGCCCACUGAUCUCAGCCAGAGGAAACCGGGCCGUUGCCCACUGACCUCAGCCUGAGGAAACCGGGCCUAUUUCCGCUGAUCAGCCAAAUGCUAAUUUCUAGUAUAACAGAGAAAUUGCGAAAAAAAAUAUAGAUUUUGAAAAAAAUCUUACAGGCCCAUUGGCCACCGGCCAUGUCAACUUCUCUAUUGUCUUAUUUGUAUAUAUACAGUAUAUGAAAACAAAAAAAAUGGUGUGUCAAUUUCUACCACCCCACCCAACUAAAGAUGCCCAUCUGGCAUUUGCCAGAAUUGCCAGAUGGCCAAUUCGCCCCUAUUAUAGCAUUACUUUUGGUACGUUGUGGUACUCACCUUAGACCAGUGGGAGAAGUGCAUGCAUAUAUUCAUGGUUUCCUGAUUUCUUGUGAUCAAGGCAUGUCGCCUUACCACUCUAUUGUAUUGGUGUAUAUAUUUAAUUUUAUGGUAUUUUAUAUAUUAAAACCCUAAAUUCUUCCUACAGUGUAUGUAUAAUACUUAUUUCAAGCCAUAGUGGAAGAUCCCUGUGUACCCUGGUACUGCUGUCAUAAAUGUUACUGCAACCCUUAAGGUUUAGGGUUUUGUUACACUGUAAAACCAGAUAGUGUCAAAUCUACCCCUUGAAAGAAAACACCUCUUUAAAAUAGGCUACAUGCCAAAUGGUACUUUUCAUUAUUUUACAUUUCGACACUGAACAACAAUAUAAAAACGCAAACAUGUAAAGUGUUGGUCCUGUGUUUCAUGAACUAAAAGGAUCCCACUAAUGUUUCAAUAUGUAAUAAAAGCUUGUUUCUCACAUUUUGAAAUGU